AUGUGUGACCAGGAAUUUAACCAGGGCCAUCUGUGUGACCAAGAGUUUAACCAUGGCCAUCUGUGUGACCAGGAGUUUAACCAUGGUCAUCUGUGUGACCAGGAGUUUAACCAGGGCCAUAUGUGUGACCAGGAAUUUAACCAGGGCCAUCUGUGUGACCAAGAGUUUAACCAUGGCCUUCUGUGUGACCAGGAGUUUAAUCAUGGCCAUCUGUGUGACCAGGAGCUUAACCAUGGCCAUCUGUGUGACCAGGAGUUUAACCAUGGUCAUCUGUGUGACCAGGAGUUUAAACAUGACUAUCUGUGUGACCAGGAGUUUAACCAGGGCCAUCUGUGUGACCAGGAGUUUAACCAUGGCCAUCUGUGUGACCAGGAGUUUAACCAUGGUCAUCUGUGUGACCAGGAGUUUAAACAUGACUAUCUGUGUGACCAGGAGUUUAACCAGGGCCAUCUGUGUGACCAGGAGUUUAACCAGGUCCAUCUGGGUUGUACCGACGUUCUGUGCUGUAUGAUCUUCGUACUGUUUGUUAUUGGCUACAUUCUGUUAGGAUUCUUGGCUUGGACACAUGGUGACCCCAGGAGAGUGGCCUAUCCUACAGACAGCCAGGGACACUUUUGUGGCCAGAAGGGAACCCCCAAUGAGAACAAGACCAUUUUGCUUUACUUUAACCUGUUCAGAUGUGCCAACCCUUCCAUGAUUCUUAGGCUACAGUGCCCCACUACACAGAUCUGCGUCUCCAAGUGCCCUGAGAGAUUUCUAACCUACUUGGAAAUGCAAUUUUUGACCCGAGAAGACAAAAAUCACUGGGAAUACUAUCGCCAGUUCUGCAAGACCACGGCCAGGCCUGCAAAGUCUCUCUCAGAACUUCUGUCCCGCGGUGAUUGUCCCCCAGCAGUCUAUCCAAGCAGACCUUUUCUUCAGAGGUGCCUGCCUGACUUCUCAAAAAUCAAUGGGACCUUAGUAACAGAGAGUAGUGUACAUCUUAAAGACGGAAGCGGGAAGACCAGAAACAUCAUGGAGUUCAGGGAAGCUACAAGAGGCAUCACUAAAAUCCUUGAUGCCAGGAAUAUUGGGCUUAAGGUGUUUGAAGACUACGCAACUACGUGGAAAUGGAUUCUCAUUGGGCUGACGGUUGCCAUGGCACUGAGUUGGAUUUUUUUGAUACUCCUGAGGUUCACAGCAGGAUUCCUCUUCUGUGUCUUCAUGUUUGGUGUGCUUGGAAUUAUAGGAUAUGGCAUAUUCUACUGUUAUCUGCAAUACAUCGAUCUUCAGCAGAAACCACAGUCAUCCAUCCUGAUUUACGAACCUGGGCUUAAAGCCACCAUCAGCAUGUUCUUUCUCUUGAAAUACACUUGGCUCUCAAUGAUGAUCAUCUUGUUCAUCAUUGAAGCCAUCAUCAUCAUCGUGCUCAUCUUCCUCAGGAGGCUGAUGAGAGUGGCCAUCACCCUGCUGAAGGAAGGAAGCAAAGCCAUUGGCUACAUCCCCAGCACGUUAGUCUACCCGGUUUUAACUUUCGUCUUGCUGUCCCUCUGCAUUUCCUACUGGGCUGUGACAGCCUUUUUCUUGGCUACAUCAGGGUUACCGAUAUUCAAAGUCAUGGUCCCACAGGGGAAAUGUAUACACGAAGACGAAACUUGUGACCCAGAGAUAUUUCCUAAAAGUCACAUUCCCAAAGUCUGCCCCGGGGCGUCAUGCAACUUCUAUUCCUACGGUGGAAAGAGUGUGUGUCACAGUUACCACCUGAUCUUCCAGAUCUACAACCUCUUUGCCCUGCUCUGGCUUGUGAACUUUGUCAUUGCAUUGGGUCAGUGCACCCUCGCUGGGGCCUUCGCUUCUUAUUACUGGGCCAUGAGAAAACCAGAGGACAUCCCCAAGUGCCCACUCUUCAUUGCAUUUGGACGAGCAGUGCGAUACCACACGGGGUCUCUAGCCUUAGGAUCUUUGAUUCUUGCAUCAGUCCAGGUGUUUAAAGUGAUCAUAGAAUACAUGAGCUAUCGACUUAAAAGUAAGUUUGCUGAAUUGAUCAAACACUUGUGUGAUAAUAGAGGGAGGGGUGGGGAGCCGGGUAACCUGGUGACUGGUGUGGACCAAGGUGGAAAGGGUAGAAUUAGCACUAAUCAUUUUCUUCAGAUUGCAUUAUACGGUAAAAACUUCUGUGAGUCGACAAAAGAAUCUUUCUCUCUGCUCAUGAGAAACAUUCUAAAAGUCGCAGUUACAGAUGAAAUCACAUGCUUCAUACUACUCCUGGGAAAAAUCCUAGUCUCUGGGAUUGUAGGUCUCCUGGCCUUCCUACUCUUCACAGAGCGGCUGCAAAAGAUUGUAGAAGGACCAACAACUUUAAAUUACUACUGGGUACCUUUCCUGACUCUUGUGCUUGGAUCUUACCUGAUUGCUCAUGGGUUCUUCAGCGUCUAUUCAAUGUGUGUUAAAACCAUUAUCAUCUGCUUCUUGGAAGACUUAGAAAGGAACGAUGGCUCUCCUUCCAGACCCUAUUUCGUGACUCCGGACCUCAAGGAGAUUUUGAUGGAGUCAAGAAUGAAUGAGGAUAAGUAUUAG